CCCUGACUUGGAGAAUUAUUGCGUACACAUAUUGGUGUUCGUGUGUCUGAAUAUUUGUUAUACCGUCGGCGGGCAGAUGGCAGUGCAUUCACAUUUCCGGUGGGAAUUGAGAAUGAAAGAAUGACGUCAAGAUGUGUGGAAGGUGAUACAAUGGUGUUGAAAUGCAUGAUUGUUUGUGAUAUUUUAGCUGUGGCUCUGAAGGGAAAACCGUGACGAUAUGGUGAAAAUGUGUUUGAACUUACAAGGUUGUGGUUUGGCCUGUUAACUGUCUUCGGGGCUUUUCAAGAAAUUAGUAAGAUGUGCAGAUGCUAUAAUAAAAAAGUGCAAAGCGUCGACGUUUGUUAACAAUGGGAAUAACAGCAACACAGGAAACCGUUUAGCAAAACAACUUCAAGAUGGCGGAGGUGGCGGGAGGGCCCGGCAGUGGGGGGGUUCCACCGACUGCCAGCAUCGUCAAGGAGGGAUGGCUCUUCAAACGAGGAGAACACAUCAGGAACUGGCGCUCCCGCUACUUUGUACUGCUGGAUGAUGGCUCACUGAUUGGGUUCAAGACGAAGCCUGAGCAUAACCUGAGCGACCCCCUCAACAACUUCACGGUGAAGGGCUGUCAGAUCAUGACCUCUGACCGCCCCAAGCCAUACACGUUCCUCAUACGAGGUCUGCAGUGGACCACCGUCAUUGAGAGAACAUUUCACGUUGAAUCAGAUAAAGAGAGGGAGGACUGGGUAGCAGCAAUUCGCUACGUGGCUGAUCGAUUGGCAGAGUCGGAAGAUGUUGAUAUGGCAUCCGCAGACCGCUCAAUCCAGUGUGGUGAUGGUUAUGAUGUGACAACCAUUGAUGAUCUGAGUGCCAAGUUCUCAGUUCAGGGCACAUCCAGUAGCAAAUCAUCUGGCAAGAAGAAAGUGACACUAGAGAACUUUGAGUUCCUCAAGGUGCUAGGAAAGGGCACGUUUGGCAAGGUAGUCUUGUGUCGCGAGAAGGCAACAGGCCACCUGUAUGCCAUCAAGAUACUCAAGAAAGAGGUCAUCAUUCAGAAAGAUGAGGUUGCGCAUACCCUCACAGAGAAUAGGGUUCUGCGAACCACAAACCAUCCCUUCCUUAUUUCGCUCAAAUACUCGUUCCAAACAGCCGAUCGCCUGUGUUUUGUCAUGGAAUACGUGAAUGGAGGUGAACUGUUCUUCCACUUAUCAAGGGAACGAGUCUUUUCAGAAGAAAGAACGCGGUUUUAUGGUGCAGAGAUUAUCUCGGCACUCGGAUACCUGCACGAGGAGGGGAUCAUCUACAGGGACCUCAAGCUGGAGAAUCUUCUGUUGGACAAGGAUGGUCAUAUCAAGAUUGCAGACUUUGGGCUGUGUAAGGAAGACAUAACUUAUGGCAGAACCACAAAAACUUUCUGUGGCACGCCAGAGUACCUUGCCCCAGAGGUUCUGGACGACAAUGACUAUGGACGGGCAGUGGACUGGUGGGGUAUUGGUGUUGUGAUGUAUGAAAUGAUGUGUGGACGCUUGCCGUUCUAUAAUAGGGACCAUGAUGUGCUGUUCCAGCUGAUACUCAUGGAGGAGGUGAAGUUUCCACGUACAAUCUCAAAUGAAGCCAAGGAUAUGUUGGGGGGUUUGCUCGUUAAAGACCCUAACAGAAGACUUGGAGGUGGACCAGAUGAUGCGAAGGAAAUUAUGGCACACCCAUUCUUCAGUUCCAUUAACUGGACUGACUUGCAGCAGAAGAAGAUCCCACCGCCCUUCAAGCCUCAGGUCACAUCAGAUACAGACACACGGUACUUUGACUCAGAAUUUACAGGCGAGUCUGUAGAACUGACGCCUCCAGAGAACCCUGGACCUCUCAAUAGCAUCGCAGAAGAGUUAGAGCAACCAUACUUUCAACAGUUCAGCUAUCAGGAUCUGGGUUCAACUCUUGGAAGCUCCGCCGCAAUCAGUGCCAGCAGUAGCUCUCUUGCUCACAGUGCCACCAUGCAGUGAAUGUGACAAGCUUAAGCAGUUGGCUUUUGUAGAAGAAUUGCUUAACACUCAUUUAAUUCUGUUUUACACACACACACUGUACGAUAUGAAAUCGAUACCAGUGACUUGAUAUGCACAUAGCAUAAUUAAAGAGUUUUAACAGAAUGUGUAACUUUCUUUUUGUGCUUUGCUGCAUAAUGGGGCUAUGCAUCAUUCUCAAGUGAUGGAUAAGUGACGUGUGGCGAAUGACUGAUAACUAUCCUCUUGAUGGCCUAAGUGAAGCUGAUGCCUGUUGUAUAUAAGGUGUGAAUAGUGUUUGAGACUUUAGUGAGACUUCAUCAUGUAUGAAGCAAGUGGAUUGUGUGUAAGAGUUCUGGCAGUUCAUGAAGAUGCACCCUACAUUACUAGUACCUCUUAAUUUUAUUUUCUUUCCUCAGUUCUUUCCCCAGUGCCCUAAUUAAUUUGCUUUUAUUAAAAAUUGUUGGAAAUCCCCCCCCCCCCCCGUAAGAAGUCCUGUCCUGUUUUCAUUGGUGAGAUAUAUUGCAUCUCGGAUAAUUAUCAUGAUAGCAUUUAGUUUGUUACAAUUAGUGGACGUGUUAUGUACCUGAAAUUGAGCAAAAGUUCCCUGUAAGACAAAUAUAUAAGCUGAUAGUUCA